CACCAAAAGGCCGUCACUCCACACACCUCUACUGCCUUUUGAGAAGAGCGACUGGACCCAGGGCUGACCAUGUCCCAGUUGGUGGAAUGUGUCCCCAACUUCUCAGAGGGGAACAACCAGGAGGUGAUUGAUGCCAUUUCCCGAGCCAUCUCCCAGACCCCAGGCUGUGUGCUCCUGGAUGUUGAUGCUGGACCCUCCACCAACCGCACCGUCUAUACUUUUGUGGGGCAGCCAGAGCGUGUGGUCGAGGGAGCUCUCAACGCUGCCCGCGCGGCCUCACAACUCAUCGACAUGAGCAAGCACAAGGGAGAGCACCCUCGCAUGGGCGCUCUGGAUGUUUGUCCCUUCAUCCCGGUGAGGGGCGUCAGCAUGGACGAGUGUGUGCUCUGUGCUAAGGCCUUUGGCCAGCGGCUGGCAGAGGAGCUCAAUGUACCAGUGUACCUCUAUGGUGAGGCAGCGCAGACACCCAGUCGCCAGACCCUGCCGGCUAUCCGGGCUGGAGAGUAUGAGGCCCUGCCUGAGAAGCUCAAACAGGCAGAAUGGGUGCCUGACUUCGGCCCUAGCUCCUUUGUCCCCAGUUGGGGCGCCACUGUCACAGGUGCACGGAAAUUCCUCAUUGCGUUCAACAUCAACCUGCUCAGCACCAAGGAACAGGCCCAUCGUAUUGCUCUCAACCUGCGGGAGCAGGGCCGCGGGAAAGACCAGCCAGGACGUCUGAAAAAGGUUCAGGGCAUCGGUUGGUACCUGGAUGAGAAGAACCUGGCUCAGGUGUCCACAAACCUCCUGGACUUUGAGGUCACAGCUCUGCACACAGUCUAUGAGGAGGCCUGCAGAGAGGCUCAGGAGCUGAACCUCCCAGUGGUGGGCUCGCAGCUGGUGGGCCUGGUGCCUCUGAAGGCCUUGCUGGAUGCCGCGGCCUUCUACUGUGACAAGGAGAAGUUGUUUGUUCUGGAGGAGGAACACCGGAUACGGCUGGUGGUGAACCGGCUGGGCCUGGAUUCCCUGUCACCCUUCGAUCCAAAGGAGAGGAUCAUUGAGUACCUGGUUCCUGCUAGUGGACCAGAGCAGAGCCUCAUGGACAAGUCGCUGCUCAAUUUUGUUCGGGAGGUGGGCGCCCGCUCUGCUGCCCCAGGCGGCGGCUCUGUAGCAGCGGCUGUUGCAGCCAUGGGUGCAGCCCUGGCCUCUAUGGUGGGCCAGAUGACCUACGGGCGGCGCCAGUUUGAUCACCUGGACUCCACCAUGCGGCGCCUGAUCCCACCAUUCCAUGCGGCCUCCGCCCAGCUAAUCCCAUUGGUGGAUGCUGAUGCCCAGGCUUUUGCUGCCUGUCUGGAGGCAAUAAAGUUGCCCAAGAACACACCUGAAGAAAGGGACAGGCGGACCUGUGCCCUGCAGGAGGGGCUGAGACAGGCGGUUGCUGUGCCACUGAAGCUGGCAGAGACUGUGUCCCAGCUGUGGCCGGUGCUGAAGGAGCUGGCCCUAUAUGGGAACUUGGCCUGCUUGUCUGACCUGCAGGUGGCAGCCAAAGCCCUGGAGACAGGCGUGUUUGGCGCAUACUUCAACGUGCUCAUCAACUUGAAGGACAUGACCGAUGAUGCAUUUAAAGAGAAGGGAUACAACUGUACCGUCAGCAGUUUGGGCAGAAGUAGAAGAAAUGGGAUGGGAGUCUGUGGAGGGUCAGUCGGUAUGGCUGUCCCCAGAACUUCUACCCACACUGAUACAUCUAGGAGUGGCUGUUCAAGAUGACCCUAGUCACUGUGAGAUGCGCCAUCGAAUCUCCAGCCUUCUGCAGGAAGCCAAGACCCAGGCUGCACUGGUGUUGGAUAGCCUAGAAGCACGGAAGGAAUGAAGAGAUGUCUCCCUUUCCCCCCACGCCAUUAAUGGUCCAACUUCCAGUGGUCUUUACCUAUCCUAAGUGACCCAAGCCUGCUUGGAGGGAAGAUUCAGGCAUGAUGUCAGCAGUGUCAGGUUGGGGCUCUACACACAGCUGUCUGUGUAGGAUGGUGAAGAUGUAACGGAGGUGGUUUGGGGUAGGGAGUAGGGCCUGAUUGGUGGUGGUCUACUGCAGGCAUUCAGUCUGAUACCCUCUGUUACCUGUGGCUUCUAGUAAAUUCUCAACACAAA